UGAUAAUUUUUUAUCUACAGUGCUCCUUAUUCAGCAUGCACUCUUCUACAGACUCAAAGUAGAAGCUACCCUAUUUGUCCCUGGGUCAUUCCUGUGUAUGUUCUAACAACCAAAAUGCUGCAAAGGUGAGGUGCACUAGUUGAGAGUAACAGCUAAAAUAUAACUCUGUUUAGAAGUUUGAAGAAGGCUUCUCGCCAACCCUCUGAUCAAGAGGAAUCAGCUGCAUCUCUCUCUACAUAUUGAAAGGACAGAGAGUCGGAGGGGGGAGCGACUGGAUCAUGUCACACGAGCUCAAUACCAGGGGGGAGAGACGCCACCAUCGAGCUGUCACUCGCCAUACUGAGGAAUGGUGCGACCAAGUCAAAGCCUCAGAAACCUGCAUUCCCACUGAUGGGCAGAGGAUUUAGCAUCGAUAAAACAGCUUCUGCUGAAAAGCUGCUGCAGUUCUGCCUUUUACCCACCAGAUGGUGCUGGGGCACUAGAACAGAGCAGCUGCUCCCGGCCAGCCAGGGAAGAGAAAGAGCCUGAUUUCUUCACAGUGUCUGUUGGGCCAGGAAUGACCCAAAUGGCGAACAAUCGCUACGGCCGACUGUCUGGCUAAGUGGUGAAGAAGAGGAUUUUAAGCACCCCAAAGCCAGAGAACCAAGGUGCUGGUGACUGGGUCAUAGGAUGGCAUUGCAAAAGCAAAAGGAAGAUGUCUCUGGAGACCUGACAGAACCCUUUGCCCAGGAUUCAAAGACAAAGAUGGUGGAGGAAGAGGAAGAAGGGCUGGUAGAAGUGGAGUUGGAGGCCCUUGGGUCUGAAAGCAGCUUUGAAACUGAAACCCCAGAUUUACUUGGGGACGGUGGCCACCCCACCCCCGAGGAUGAAGACGGCAGGCCCUUGUUCUUUGAUAAGAAUCUGGAGCAACUUGACACCUCACACACAGUAAUGUGUACGUUCUCAAUUUCACUAGCUGUGCCAAUGGCUGCAGGUCCAAAGCAUAGGACAUUUAAUUUAACUGACAGGCAGAGAAAAAAGUCUAACAUUGGGAAAGAUGCAGCAGCUAUUCCAAAAAUGCGGCGUUACUACCACAUUGAGUACUUCCUUCUACCGGACGAUGUUGAGCCUAGGAAACUUGAUUUGGCGUUGUUUGGUGUGGUGGCCAAGCUGUUUGUGGAAUGUGAAUCCAAGCCAUCGACUGCACAGGUUCAAGCAGAGCGCUACAGGCAGAAACGGUCGACAACAAUAAUUUCCUCAGUUGUGAAACCGUGGUUUGAAAAUGACCAAAUAUGGGUGUCCUGGAACCACAGUAUUAAUAUUCAUGUUACUAAUGAGUUUCUGAUAAAACUGAGAGAUCACAAAGUAACUCUGACGGUAUGGGAUACCAAGGACAAAGUUUCUGCAAAAGCUAGGUUUAGUAAACCCAGGGUUCCUUUUUCACAGGUUGAGGAUUCAGAUGCAAUUGGUGGAGUAAAAUAUACGGUGUUAUUGCAAAGAAAACUCUUCGAGGACAAUCAGCCAGAACUCAGCUGCGUUAAAAUGAAAGGUGUGAAGGUUCCGAGUGCACCAGAGAAACCUGCAAUGGGUUUUGCAGCAGGGGAAAGUAAGCCUUUACCAGAGGAAGAUGAACUGUGUGAGACACCAGCAUCCCUUUCUGUUUUCCAAUCUUUACUUCCUCCCUCAAGGACAGAUGACUUUCCUUCAGUGAGUCGUUUUAGUGUUUCAGGAAGUAUCGUUUCUAAUAGAGACAAAAUCCUGAAUGGGGGCAAUUAUUUGAAGCAGAAUACAAUUGCUGGCUUUUCAGAUUAUGUGAUUCCAAAAAAGCCAGAGAAAACGAAGUUCAGCUUGGAAAAUCCAGCAGACCACCCAGACAAAAAAGAUCCAAAAGACCUGACUGGAUUUCCCCUCCCCCGUGUAAUUUUUGGUAAAAGGAAAAGUUCUACUCCUAAAAGAGGCCCUGCUCUUAAAGAACGAAGGCAGAGCAAAGUGUCCAAUGCAGAGACCCUGAUUGCGGCAUUGACAAAGAAGUGUGGCAUAGCAUCUUUCCAACUGGAUCUCAUGCCUCUCCUCUCAGGGGAAAGAUUAGUGAUCAGUCGACUGCAAGAGAAAUCCUCUAAGAUUUUAGAUGCUUAUAUGACUUUCACUACAGAAGAACCUCUUAUGUCUGAGAGACAGAUAAGUGAAUUAAAUCCACUGAUUAUUAAGAUUCUUUCUGCUACAUGCCUCCCGAUGACUCCUGUCCCAAUUGAAGUGCUGCAGGCAACCUGUGUUCCCGCAUACUGCAGAUACCAGUUUCACAACCUCCCUCCUCAUCAAACGCAAGGGCAAACCCAUGGAACUCACAUCUAUUUUAAGGAUGUCAAUGUGAUUCUAACAGGGACAAUCAGUCCUGGGGAAUUGCGUGAGUAUUUUAGAGGUCCACCUUUGGAGAUUGAGGUUCAUGACCGGGACAGAAAAAUGGCAAAGGACAUUAAAAAACCCUCUUUGUUUGGUGAAGAGCAAGAUGAUGGAAAGCUGAGUAAUGUGGGGUUUGUCUCUUACAAACACACAGCCUAUAAUCCAUUUACAGAAAAGGACAACUUAUGGCAUCCCUAUGGGGUAGCUAAAGUCAGUCUAACUGACCUACUGCUAGGUGAAAAGUACUUGAAUAUCAGUGUGCCCAUUCACAGCUGCUCAGUUCCAGAUCCUGGUUACCAGAAGGAUAGUAAAACUGAAAAAAUUAUGGGAGUAUUGGGAUCAGUGGCUGGCCCUCAGUCUUCUCCAUUGCCUAUGGGACAUUAUCUAGAAUCGGACUCAGUCCUGAAAGUAAGAGUUGAAAUAGCUGUGCCGCUAGGUCUGCAGGCAGAAACUGCUGACACUGAAGUUGCAAAUUGCCCAUAUGGUUGCAUUAUCUAUAUUUUUGACUACAAUAACGCACCUUGCUUACAUGAUUUGCUGCAAGAGAUUACAGAAAUUAAUGCUGAAGCACUCCAACUGGAUUCUUAUCCCCUACAAGUAAUUCAGAUGGCUCUUGCUACUUUCAAGCUGAAAACCACGACCAAGGAAAUUUCUGAGCUCGAUAUCAUUACUGGUUUUCAUAUACUAGAUGGAACAAUUCACCUUUUAGUCUUGGAAGGAUUAAAGGACAAAGCAAUCAAGAGACUGUGGGAACAGCAAUUUGAUAAGACUCACAGAACUGAAAAUGGAAGGUUGGAUAUAUUAUAUAACUCACAGCUGUCUUUCCAUCAGCGCCUAUAUACAGACCUGGAAGCGAUCCUGUAUCAUAUUCAUCUCUGUAAACCCCUCUCUGCUAUAACAAGACAACCUCUCCUUUAUGUCAGGGAUAUGGUUCGUCAGGCAUGUUUCCAAGCCUUGUCCAGGCUUGAUUAUCUCUGCCACAGUAAGAAGUUAAGGGAUGUCGUUCAGAGAGGUCUGUUGCCCUCUGCAGAAAUGAUCACAGUCUUGAGUCAGGAAUUUGGGAUUCCCCUAACGAAGGAGGAUUUGUUUAUUCAAAGACCUCCUCUGCCCUCAGUCUCCUCAUUUGCUUUGCAAAAAUCCAGAAAAGUUCCCACAAAACGAGGAGCAAUGCAUUCUUUACUGGAUAACCACAAUGAAAAAUACAUUCAGUGUAAAAAGGAAAUGGAAGAUAAAAUGCAGCAUUACAAAGACCACAUCCAGACUAACAUUGAUGCCGUGUACCUACUCAGUAGGAAGGUGAAAAAGCCAAAGUUCAGAGCGAUCAGGAGUUCUCCUGCUGACGGCAAGUUGGUCUACAACUACAGUUCUCAGCAUCUGAAUUCUGCAGAAUGGGCAAAGAUGCAACUUCGAAAGGAGCUGGCAAAGAAACCAGAGAGGAGAUUCGCUUAUUGCCACGAAUACCUGUCAGCCAUGUUUGAUCCUGUGGAUUUGGACUCUGUCCGGAAAGAAUCUAUUGCAAAAUCCAAGAAUUUGUGGGUAUCGCCAAGGGGGUUUGUAUGUCCUGGAUUUAAGAGCUAUAUUGAAUCCAAUCUGCACCCUCGGAUGCCUGAUGAGACACGUUUGAAGGAGUUAACUGAGAAAUGGCAGGAGAACAUUCUGUUUGCUAACAUUUUGGAGCCAGUGCUGAGUCGUGACAGAUGGAGUUGGGACCAGCGUCAUAUAGAUUUUGAUCUUUACAAGAAGCCACCUGUUUACCUCCCAGCAUCAGCACCUGCUACUCAUCGGGCAGUGGACACUUGGCUGCAUGAAGACUCUAGUCAGCUUCAGAAAACUGUAUUUGAUGACACCAAGCUGAAAGUUUACAGGUGUCCCACAGCAGCCGAGCUAACCACACGUGGCCCAAAAGCCAGUGCCCAGCUAGACAAAUUACAGGGACUUCUGAAAGAUGAACCAGAGAAAUUCUCACUUAAGAGACCAGCCAUGAUCCUGCGGCCCAUCCCAGCACUGUCAGUGUUGCAGCAUAUACCUGCUUGUGGCAGUUACCCAGACCUGCCCAGAAAGAGGAGCACCACCAAUGGAUUUGUUCCAGGUCUUGAAGACCAGCACAGCUUGAAGUGGAAUGGGAAUAUAGUCCCCUGCCGUGACAUGGAACACAGAAAGUUUGAAAAGCUGAAAGGAGCCGACUUCAAUUUACUUUGUUAUGAACAUUCCUUUCUUUACAAGAGGAAAAGACCAGAGAAGAAAGGGGAGGAUACAACCCUUCUGCUACAGCAAGACUCCACUCAAUAGUCAGGUAAUUUGGGGAUGAACUGUAGGCCUGCCUAAAAUAGAGCUGUAAAUUCUAGCUUCAGGAGAGCUACAAGCCUUAGCUGUGAUUGAGCUAAUCUGCUACAAAUAUAAUACACCAAGGGGCUAGCUAUCCUCUGUACGUAGCCCGGAUUUCUCUCCAACACGAAGUGUAGACAGAACCUGUGUAAUGGUUUCAGUGCAUAUCCGAUAUUAAUGCCCUCCUGGAGUGGGAUUAAAUCAAUCCUCCUUAGGGGGUCAAGGAAAAAGGAGGUGUUGACCCUUAUAGAACCUUCCCCUACACAGAAAUGCUGCAGAAAAUUACCUCUCCCAAGCCAUUUCCCUUUAUCCGUAGCUAAAAUCAUCAGAGGCAGAGAGGAAGCUAAAUUAGAAUUCUCUGAAAUCCAUAAGGCAAGAGUUGCCUGUUUCUUUCUCUGCUCUAAGUUUUAAGUACAAGGCCCUAAAUCACCAAUACAAAUCACUUACCAUUUGUUUAUACAAAGGAUGCUAUUAAGUAAGCUCUCUCUUAACCUACAUCAGUACUUUGACUGAUGGGCAUCCAUACGUUCCCAGCAGGAACAGACAGCACAAGCCCAUAAUUAUUAUACACCCAUCAUUUGAAUAAGCUUUUUGCUAAUGGUGAAAUGUUUGCUCAUCCACUUAAAUAUUGUGUGUGUUACCUGCUUUACUUAUUUUUUAAAACAUGCCAACAAGUUUGAAAAGUUCAUUAAGUGUUACACAACUCUAAUUUGUACGACAGUGGCUGGAAAGUGACAUUCUUCUUCUUGUAAUACUUUCUGGAG